ACCUGCAACAUGACACCAAAACAACGUGCACUCCCUACGCUCGAGUGGAGAGAAAACUCACCAGCGACAGCUACGCCAUAGCCGACUGCACACAACUGCCGCACGAUAAAUCUGCCUUUAGCAUUAGCUGCUAAUGUGAGCGGUAAUAUGCUGCAAAAUACUUUACAGGUGAAUGUGACAUCGUCUCACACAACAGGAAACCAGCAGUGUGUGUGUGUGUGUGUGUGUGUGUGUGCUAAGAUCCCAAAAAAGUUAACUUUCUCCAAUCUGCUUCAAACUUUGUACUCUGUGUUGUCUGCCCAGGGGUGGCUGUUUUCAGCUUCCACAACCAAAGGCUGUAGCAGCGGUACGUUAGCAGGUGUCCAAUGCAGAGGCUAGUGGACAACAUGCACUUUGACCCCAAAGUCAAUUAAACCAUAACUUUAGUCGCCAUUGACGCCAAAUUGCCCCAGGCAUUGGGCAAAUAUCACUGCGACUGUCCAACAUUCUUUAUUUUUGAUAUUUGAUUAAAUUACCUUUAUGUCAAUAAAAACUCCAAUAUGAAUAUCUUAAUAUUUCUUUAAAUGAGAGAAAUGGAUGAAAGUUUGGUUCUUCAGCUCGGUUUUAGAUCCGUCCUCAUGGAGCUUUUUUAUGAUUAGGGUUGUACCUGGAAACGCUGCUGAUAAUGACCUCAGGGUGUUGCAGUGGGAGGAAAGUUGGAGGUUUAAAAGCAGCAGAGAUGGACUCAGAUCAGUUGUCAGGGCCUCUCUUGAAGGUUGAGGUGUUUGUCAUGAUUGGGGCUGUUCUGGUGUGAACUGCUGGUGCUUCUGAUACAUUUUAAUGCCUUUUACUACUUUAAGUAAAGCAACAGGAGCGCGUGAUCUGAGCCGGUCCUGAGCAGAGACUGUAGGAGAUGAUGAACUCCACUCAGGUUUCUUUCUUUGUUCUUGGUGCCUACAUUGACACCAAACUGCUGAAAUACUUGUGGUUUGUGAUCUUGACUUCGUUGUAUGUGCUGAUAAUUAUCUGCAACGUGCUGCUGAUGGUGCUGAUCUGUGUGAACAGGAGCUUACAUGAACCUAUGUACAUGUUCCUGUGCAGCCUGUUUGUAAAUGAGCUGUAUGGUAGUACAGGCUUGUUUCCGUUCCUGCUGGACCAGAUCCUCUCUGACCUCCACACGGUUUCUGUUCCUCUCUGCUUCCUGCAGGUCUUCUGUAUGCAUACUUAUGGGACAACAGAGUUCACCACCUUAGCCGUCAUGUCUUACGACAGGUACCUGGCCAUCUGCUUUCCUCUGCAGUACAGCUCCCUGAUGACAACGGCUACAAAUGUCUGUUCUACAACAUCACUGAGUUUCUCCUUGCAGCUGUGUGGAAACGUCAUUAACAAAGUUUACUGUGACAACUACUCUGUAGUGAAACUGGCCUGCUCCGACACAACCGUCAAUAACAUUUAUGGACUUUUUGUCACUGCGUCCAGUGUUUUCCUUGCUGUGUUUUUUAUCCUCUACACGUACAUGAGGAUCCUCCGAGUGUGUUACUGUGGGUCCAAACAGACCCGACAGAAAGCCGUCAGCACCUGCACGCCUCACCUGGCCUCUCUGCUCAACUUCUGCUGUGGUGGUUUCUUCGAGAUCGUACAGAGUCGGUUUGAUAUGAGCAGAGUUCCCAUCAUCCUCCGAAUCUUUUUAUCUUUGUAUUUUCUAACAUGUCAGCCACUUUUUAACCCGCUCAUGUACGGACUGAAAAUGUCUAAAAUACGCAGCACGUGCAGGAAGCUGUUUUCUUUCCAGCGAUGAUGUUUGUUCCGAAUGAGGAAGAAAAUACUCUGAUUACUGAAAUAAACUAAACCUACUGAAUGUAAACGGCUGUGGAAGAUUAUCUUUAAGUCAACGAGUCAUGUUAAAAGUUUUGGGGUUUAAUGUUUAAAUGGAGUAAAUGUAUAAGUAGACAGACUCCGUUUCUAACAAUCAGCAGCAAACUGCUGGAUUCUGCUCUGAUCUGGUUAUCAGGAGGAUGCUGUGAUCUGUGUGGUGAACAAACUUCCACAUGUUACAGUAGCUGUGAGCAGAAUUAAAGCACAAGCAGCAUUUAUUCAGCUACUGAGACGCCGUUUAAACCCAGUGGAAGUGACGUCCGUCCCGGCCUGAAACUGUGAGCCUCAGCUGGGAGGACGAACACACCAACAUGGCUCACUUUAAAGAUAAAUGAACAGGCUUACUGUCGUUCAGACAUUCAGACUUGCUGCAGAAUAAAUUAUGAUGCACAUAUUCCUGAUUAAACACAGUCUUGUUAUAAAAACCAGGUUAAAAUUCUUUAGACUGGAAGCCACGAUGAGGUCAGUCCGCUCUGAAUGGACGAGUGAAACUAGCUGAAAACUGGUCCUUGUAGCUGGAAUGUGUUCAGCAUGUUUUACUCCACAUGCUGAGAUGUUAAAGGGACUUCGUGGGUCUGAUGGAAGUCAGAUAAAAGCUCGGUUUCCUCCUCGGACUGCGGUACCUCCAGCCUGGAGGUUGAACCUGCAACUGUCCCAGACAGGGAUGGGUCGGACCUUUGAUGGUUCAGUUUCAUGCAUCUGACACCAGAAGUUACAGCUGGUUCACUUCCUGUUGUCUCUGCUAAAAGG